AUGGUGCCCCGGGCCUGGCGCAGCGCGGGGGCUCGCCCGUUCCUGCUGGCGCUGCUGCUGCUGGCGUAUCUGCCUCAGGUUCGCGGCCACCGAGCCACGGGGCCCCGGUUCUUAAUAAGUGACCGUGACAGAGACCCUCAGUGCAACCUGCAUUGCUCCAGGUCCCAGUCCAAACCCCUCUGUGCCUCUGAUGGCAGAACGUACGAGUCGAUGUGUGACUACCAGAGAGCCAAAUGCCGGGAGGCGAGUCUGAGCGUGACACACCGCGGCCGCUGCAAAGAUGCUGGCCAAAGCAAGUGUCGAUUAGAGAGAGCUCAAGCUCUGGAACAGGCAAAGAAGCCACAGGAAGCAGUCUUCAUCCCAGAAUGCAAUGAGGAUGGAUCAUUCACACAGGUGCAGUGCCAUACCUACACUGGAUACUGCUGGUGUGUGACUCCUGAUGGCAAGCCCAUUAGCGGCUCUUCGGUACAGAACAAAACUCCUGUGUGUUCAGGUUCUGUAACUGAUAAACCAUCGAGCCAGGGGAAUUCAGGGAGGAAAGAUGACGGCUCGAAGCCAACGCCCACCAUGGAAACCCAGCCCAUUUUCGAUGGAGAAGAAAUCACAGCACCCACCCUUUGGAUUAAGCACUUGGUCAUCAAAGAUUCCAAACUGAACAGCUCCAGUAUAAGGAAUCCAGAGAAGGUGCACUCGUGCGAGCAGGAGAGGCAGAGCGCGCUGGAGGAGGCCAGGCACAACCCCCGCGAGGGCAUCGUCAUCCCCGAGUGUGCUCCCGGAGGCCUCUACAAGCCCGUGCAGUGCCACCAGUCCACGGGCUACUGCUGGUGUGUGCUGGUGGACACCGGACGCCCCCUGCCCGGCACUUCCACGCGCUAUGAGACCCCCGUGUGUGAAAGCGAUGCCAGAUCGAAGAGCACAGAGAUUGAUGAUCCAUUCAAGGACAGAGAACUUCCAGGCUGCCCAGAAGGGAAGAAAGUUGAGUUUAUUACCAGCUUGCUUGAUGCUCUGACUACGGACAUGGUACAGGCCAUUAACUCGGCAGCGCCUACCGGGGGUGGGAGGUUCUCCGAGCCAGACCCCAGCCACACGCUGGAGGAGAGGGUGGUGCACUGGUACUUCAGCCAGCUGGACAACAACAGCAGCAACGACAUCAACAAGCGGGAGCUGAAGCCCUUCAAGCGCUACGUGAAGAAGAAGGCCAAGCCCAAGAAGUGCGCCCGGCGCUUCACCGACUACUGUGACCUCAACAAGGACAAGUCCAUCUCGCUUCAGGAGCUGAAGGGCUGUCUAGGAGUCAGCAAGGAAGGUGGUAGCCUGAGCAGUUUCCCCAAUGGAAAAAGACAAGGCCUUAACCCUUUCAUAGGUCGCCUGGUGUAGCAGCAGCAGCAGAGAGCACGGGGAGGCAGGAGCUGACCCCGAGGGAAGGCAGGCAGCUGCAGCGACCGCCGGGCACACACCUCGCUGCUUGCGAGCAAGCACGCAGCACCAGCAGCACCCAGGGAGCAGCAGGGGCACCCAGAACGUUUGCACUUUUUUAAUCAUUGGUUUGGGUUUGUUUUUCAAUUGCUUUUCAAUGCCAUUAUCUAAUUGUUUGGAGAGUGGGGGGAAGCAGCAGCACGACUUUGGCAGAACCGCAACAGCUACUGAUUGACGUGAGAUGGAGUUCGCUGGGACUCAAAGACACAGAACUUUAUAUAGUGUAUAUAAAUGUGUAUGUAAAUUGUACAGUCGCCUUGUACAGGGAUUGGAGUCACUGUUCUGUUCCUCCCCUUGCUCUGGAAGGCUCGUUAGGGUUAGAGGGACACUCUGCAUCGGAUGGAUGCCAGCGGAGCGCUCGUUUCUGCCGCCAAACCAGUUCAGCUGCAAACCUCAGCGGCCCCCUGCAAGGAGGAGGCAGCUCAUCGGUGUGGCUGCGCUUCCAGAUGUGCCUCCAGAUGUGCACACAGUGGCCCAGACACCCAGCGCUGCCUGGGAGCAGCUAAACCCCCCCUCACAGGCCACUGGGGCUUCUGAGCGAGCUGAGGGUUCACCCAAGUGUUGCUGCACCCCGGAACCGCUCCAAGCAGGGAUGGUGGAACGUUGUGUUAAGGGCACACCAGAGCAGCUUCUGCACUUGUUGCAGGCUGGGCAGAAAGGAAUUGCAAAUGCAUUAGUAUCCAGGCUCAGAAGACAUGCUUAGCAGGAACCUGAGGCUGUGGGAGCCACAGGCCUAGCGGAGUCAGCACAGGGAGCUCCUGCAUCUUCCUUUCUUCACAAAGCGUUCAUCUCUGUGUCAGACAGCAACAAAAGGACUGAAGCCUGCUAAAAGCAGCCUCAGCCUGGCCAUGGCUUUGCUGAAGGGCAGAGGAGGAGGCUGUCAGGGAGCAGUGCCACGGUCGUGCUGCUGGUCCCCACGAGGUGGCUGCGUUGUUUCAGCACAUGUGGGGCUGUGCUCCCUGGUGAGGCUGUGGGGAACCCCAGCUCUGCUGCACAGCAGUGUGUCUGCCCAGUUUGGAGGGUCCCUGUUGUCACUGUGUCAAUGCAGCACUGGAGUGUGAUGACAGUGGGGGCUGAGCCUGGGGUGUGCUUGGAGCCACACAGGCUGUUCCAGCUGCCAGCAGCUUCCUCCAAAGUUGUUUCUUCACCUCAGAUGGAGCUGUGAAGAGGGUGAGAGGGCAGGGACAGCUCUGUGAGCAGUCCCAGCUUUGGGCAGUGAGAUGGACACAGUGUUUUGCUCUGUGCAUUUCCAAGUUGAUGGGCAAUGUCCUGAGCAGCCUCCUGCAUCAGACCUGCUGCUCCUUGUGCCUCUCCUCUGUGGAGCAAGCGCCUGCAGUGGGAGGUGGUGCCACAGCUACCAGGAGAUCACACCAACAACUGCUCUGAGCAGCCCCUGCAGCUUUCCUGUGGGCUUGUGCCUUGGGGCUUUGUUGCUGUGGUAAAGGGUGUCUGUGGCAUGUGCUGAUGCCAGUGUGAGACAGACACAGCCCGGCAGGCUGUGCUGAUGCAGGGAGCAAGUGUCUUGUUGGCUGAAUGGAAAGGUUAAAAACAGGAGAAAAACGACCCACCCCACCCCCAAGAAAAUGUUUCAAUAACCAACCAUUUCAGAGCAGUAACAGCUCUUCCUCUGGGAAGCAGACUGCAGCUGAUGAAAGCAUUUGGUUGAAAACACCCCUGGUAAUCCCUGAGUGUACAUCCCAGCAGCACAGCAGAGAGAAGUCGUCUCUUCAGCACCCGCAGACCCUGCUGCUGGAGCGUUGUGGUUUCUCACACACAAUGUAUGUCCUUUCUCUGGCCUGAGAGCUCCCAGCUUCUCUUUUUAAUGCCCAGGGCACAUCUUUUGUGUGUGUGCUGAAAGGUUUUGGUUCAGUGUGUAGUUAGAAAUGUCCCUGUCGCUGGUUAAUGCUAUUGUAGGAGUAAAGAAUGAAUCCAGCUGUGUGAAAACACCCCAAAACAACCCUUUUUUUUAAAUCUGCUAGUUUUAGGAAUGAAAAGCUCUGGCUGCUGGGUUGCUGUUUGGUUUGUUGGGGUUUUGCUUUGUUGUUAAUGUUAUAGUUGCAUCCAGCAAAAGCAGCCAAGUGAUGCCUGUAGGAAUUGUGUCAGCCAGGCACUGGGGCUGGGCAGUGCCCCACAGGAGUGCAGGGAGGGGGCACUGCAGAGCUGCUCACCACAUCCUUCCUCUGCAAAUGGCAGUCAACCAGCCAGCCAAUGCUCCUGCCUGAAAGUCCUUCUGCAGGCCUUUCUCUCACCCUGCUGUCCUUCCCCUCCCAAGGCCUGCUGCCUUGAUUGCAGUUAACAUGCUCUUGAAGAGGCUGGUUUUGGUAUCGGUGGCUGCUGUGCUAGAGCUGGCUUUAGGGAUGGAUUUGGGGCCAAGCAUGGUAUGGUUCUCCCUUUUCCUCUCACAAGUGCAAGCCCAAGCUUGCUGGGUGUGCCACGGGCCUCUGAGCAGCCUGUGGCAGCACUUGGCCUUUGUCCUGCACGGCUGUGUGACAGCGAGGGAGGGCUGAGCCCACUUGUCCUGGGGCUGUGUGCUGGAAGAUGGUGCAGACAGGACUGAUCCUCGUCCCUCCAGCCCUCCUGGGAGGUGUCCAAGCAGGCUGCACCGGGCAGAAGACAGCAGGGUGCAUCACCUCCUCUCUUCCCUUGUUGCCAGGUAACUGGGCAGUGCCCAGCACGGCCUUGUCUGGUGCUGGGAAGCAUUCCUCUGCUCUGCCUUGUGUCAGUAGCAUCCAGCUGCAGCUGGGCCCUGAGGGGUGCCUGGAAGCUGACCCUGGGCACGUCCCCCCUCGUCCCUCACGUCCUCCUGGGCCUCUCCAGCUCGACUUUGGAUGACAGCUGAAAACAGCUGGGACAGAGAAGAGAACCAGGACUCCAUGGUGUAAGUUGUCUCCUCCUCCUGCCAGGAGCAAACCCCUUUCCUUCCUUGCUGCUCCUGGGAGGGAGCUGCCCCAUGGCAGGGCUCCUGUGUGUGAGGGAAUGGCUUUCUGUGGCCUGAGCCUGUGCUGAGCUCGUCCCCUGCCCCAGCACACUGCUGCCCUUGGCAUUGGUUGUUAGACUGAAAGGCAUCCCUUUGGGUUUUUGUAAUAAAU